AUGAGCGUACCACUCCCCAGUCCUGGCCAAAUCGUCGUAGCCCUCAUCAUCGACACCGUGCGCCAUGCGACAAACCUGGCAUCGGCCGCAAUACCAUUCAUCGCAUCGACACCAUUCGCCCUUGUGAAUGCCAUCGACUACCUCGCCGCUCUGCCGCUUGCACAUCUUCCGCAGUGGAUCGCCUCUGGUCUUUUGCCGCUGCUCGACCUCGUGAAGGGAGCUAUCUUCGUCCUCUACCCGGUCAUUCUGCUGGCUUUGGCGACAGGACUCUUCCAUGAGACUUGUACCUACAUCAUUCAUCAGCUUUCUGGAACGGGGCCGACGCUGCGGUCGGGGAGAUUGCAGUGUCCAAUGAACACAGUGUUCGUGCUGACCCACGCCUCUUAUUUCUCCACGGUCUUGCAGAGGGAUAUGAGUCUGUACAACGGGCUCUGCGCGAUGUGUGCCUGUUCUUCUGUCGUCUUGGGCAUCACGGGCUCUCUGGCGAUCGUGACAAGCUGGGCGUGCGCGACGACUACCCACAAUGCGACCACUGCUAUUACAGCCGAUCUAGCUACAGACCCUGGCGCCAGAGCGGACCACGCGGUGGGCUCCGCCGAUCACCUCAGCACAGCUACGGAGGAAAGCGAGCACAGCACCGCAAUCAGCAUCCCCCUGCCGAAAGCAACGAGCAGCGCGGACAAAGCACGAAAGGAGAACGAGGCAAUGGUAACGCAAGUCAUACCCAGCCUGCUGGUGGGCUUCAUGGUGGUGAUACUCGCUCGCGCACUGUUUGACGCCGUGGUCGACCUACUAACCCGUGUGCUGGCUGGGCUGCCGGUUCUCCUCUGUACGGCACUGCUGAGCUAUGUUGGCUGGAUCGUGGUGGGAGCGUACCUGAGUAGGAAGCCUGGUGCCGGUGGUGAUCGAAAGGUCGAACGGACGCCAACCACUGAUAAGACUGAGCUCACGACAGGCCAGGAGACAAUUCUGGAGCCUUCCUAG